AAUUCGUAACAGGAAUAGUGGCCACUCAGCCGCUCUUUAGUUUACUGUAAUAGCUCGUUCGUCUAUUCUAUAUCUGGUCUCUGGCAUGGAAUGGUCUUUGUCUGAAAGUCGUCAGCUGAUUGGAGUAACGUCAACAAAGCCAUGCGCCCUGUCCAUAUCAACACACAGACACUACAGAGUACAGAGACAGCCAGUUUGAGUACAGUAGCAUUAGAAACAAGAUACCAGUGAGAACAGAUUUUGUUCUUUGUGAUUGUGGCAGUGUUUUUGUAAAUUGAACAUUGUGAGAUGCCUUUCAUAUCAAAAGAUUGGAGAUCUCCCGGUGAAGAAUGGGUUAAAACAGAAGAAGGAUGGGAAAAGAAGAAAAUACUGGAAUGUGGACGUCGGUUUGCCUCAUUUCAACAAGAAAAUCUGGAUACGAGAUGCACCGGCGAUUCUUUCACAUCAGAUAUGAACACAAAUUUUGGAUCAACAAUGAACGAUAGUAGAUGGUUACAAGAUGAAGAAGACAAAGAAAACAUGAUUAAUACGGAGGUUCAACACAAUUUGGAAGAGUUCAAAUCGUCGUUUUCAAAGAGAUCUUCAUCAAAUGAGGGAGUAGGAGCCUUACAACCACACUGCCACAUCACAAUAAAAUGUACCAAAGAGAUAGCAGGCUUCAACGGACUUAGCGAUGCUUUCAAAAGACUGGACUUCCGAUCAGCAGUGCACGAUGUUCGUAGAUUUAAUUACAUCUGUAAGCUGCUUGAUCUUCUAAUCUCCCACAAACUCACCACAUUAUCUGGCUGUGCUCAGAAGGUGCUCUUUAAUAUGCUCGAGGAAGUCGCUUAUCAAGUUUCAGCAAGCCAGCAGAACAUGCACCUGUUGAAGAAGCUGCUGCGUCAGGUGCAGCUAAUGAUCGACUGCGCGUGCUGGGGACGUCCGCUCGGCAGCUCGCAGCUCUGGGAGAACCACCUCGCCACUAUCAACAGGAUACUCGCCAUUGCCAACCAAAUUCAAAUCACUGAGCCAGGCGAGGAGGUGUUUCCGAAGCUGGAGAACAUGCCGGAAGAGUGCGUGCGUGAGGUGCUGUUGCGAUUGGCCGACCACAAGGACCUGGAGGCGAGUGCGCAGGCGUGCGCCGUCAUGGGUCGCCUGUGCGAUGAACAGCGCAUCUGGCGCGAACUAUGUCGCUUCCACUUCACACCGCACCAGGUUGCCACCGUCCUCACCCACCGCCACCGACCCACAGACUGGCAGCUCGCUUAUCACAAGCUCAGAAAAUCAUUCGGCCUGCGCGAAGAAUACGCGGAAAUGAUCCAGCUGUGCCGCAACUGCCGCUGUCUGUUCUGGAAGUCGAUCGGCCACCCAUGUAUCGCCGACACCGACCCUCAGUUCCAGGGCAAACUCGAAGACGUUGACAAAAACUCGCUCCAUGUUCCAAUUCCCCCACAAGCCUUCCUCAAGUUCUUCUCUCUCUAGGUGAUAAUGGCAGUUACAUCGAUAGUAACAAGGAUUGCACUCGCAUUGACGAAAUUGUGGAGAAUUUUAAAGCUAAGCGGUGUCAAUGAACGGAGGAACUUUGCAAUACUUUCAGAAUUCAGACCACUGAACAUUCAAAUUUCAAGUCAGAUUACAUGGAAAUUCAUCGGCUUCUACUAAAUUCAAGUUUUUUGGUAUAUUUAGAUGGUUUCUAAAAUAUGAUGUGAUCAAAAUGGACCGGCCAUCGUCAACUUGAGAAGAGCCAAGUGCUUCUCGUUUCUUCACUCACAAAGACUGAUCGUUCUCUAGACACUCGCCAAAGUGACAAAAUUCAUUAAAACCCAGUUCCACAAAUUUUGUUUUCUAUUCAUCACAUUUAUUGAUGUUCAAACGAAACAUCUUUUUUAAUCCACGUGUCAAUUUAUUAUUAAGUUGUCAAUGAUGGAAUUACUUAUUUCAAAAAUUCUUCAGAAUUAUCUUUUCUCUAUGUCAUUGACGCUAAUCGUUUGUCGACUCAAUAUUUAUGUUCUAUAAUAUCAACUAGGUGGAUUUUCGAUUUUCAUGUGAUCUGUCUUAAAAGAUAAUUAUGUGACUUUCAAGGCCGGGAUACACCUGUUAUACAGGGUUACAGCCAAACCUCCCCUCUACCCGACAUGAGUCUGGUCGGAAUCCUGUACCACAGAUGUCACAAGUGCCUAUUUUAUUAUUAUCAUUUACAGUUAAUAAAUAUUUUUGAUUUGUCGAAUAAUUCAGAGCAGCUCAAUAUUAACAUCUAUAAAGUGAUUCUUCUAACUAUAACGAAAAAGGAGAAGAUAAAAUGAUUAAGAAGUUGAAAUAUAGAAAUAUUACUAAGAGUUGGUAAUUUGAAUAUUCCUGUGUAUGAGAACAGUUGAAUAAUGUAAAAUUUACAGUCAGAUUUGAUCACUUUUUUGUAAAUGAAACAUUCAUUAUUACUAAUUCGAAUAAAGGAUAUCCUUCUAAGGUUAUUAGAAUACAAGUUUUAUUCAUCUGAAUUGUUUGUCAAACGUUUCAUAAAGUAAUUUCAAAUCCUAAACUUUUCAAGUAAUAUUUUUACUAGCACUAAGUUGACAGUGAUAAAAAAUCACUUUAAAAUCAAUUGAAAAUAUUUCUCGCUCUUAUGAUUUAAUUUUGUUACUACUAUUAAUUUCCAUUUGAUUCGAAUUUGUAGACUUUCAUAAUGAUACCAAUACAUUGAUGGAAAUCCAAAUCUAUAUAAUGAUACCAAUAGAUUGAUGGAAACCAAAUCUAUAUAAAUUGGUCAUAAUACCUUUGUCGAUAAUUUCUUGCCUAGCAAGUCCAGUGUAAUAUAUAUAUAUAUAUAUAUAUAUAUAUAUAUAAUAUAUAUAUAUAUAUAUAUAUAUGUUUUUUCUUUAUUGAUUUAUAUUCUUGUUCUUGAAUUACUGAGUACCGUAAUGUUGUUUGAAUUACAUUGUAUAAUACUUUUAUUAGAAUUGCUUUGUCUAUUGAAGAUUUGAGAACUUGCAUUUGACUUUUUAAAUUAGCUUUUUACAUUCCCUUCGACAAAUUAACAAACUCGAAUUGAAAUGAAAACUAUGUGAUUAUGAUAUUUUAUUUCAGAGUAACAUAAAAUUUGUAGCUUCAGUAUAGGUGAUAAAUUCCACCUUUCUAUUCUAUGAUACAUCACAGUUCACUUUUCGAACCGUCCAACUAACUUAAUUUCAAUUCAAGUUUUCAGAUAGUUUUGGCCUCAUUUAUCAUUAUUUUUUAAAAAUUAAAUACCGGUAUCUGAGAUUACGUUUCUCACAAGGGAAGUUAAAAAAGAUGUUUGGAAAAUUCAAGUAGUGUGUUUCGUAAACGCUUGAAACAGUUUGUGGUAUCAUUCCUUGAUGCAAGACUGCUCUUUCAAUACUGCAGCUACUUUAUAAUUCAAAGUUGUUUAAUGUAUUAUCUAGUUUUUUUCCCAGGGAAAAUAAUUCCCCAUCUACAUUACCAUCAUCAUUAAGAAGGUUCAAAACCUACUUUAAUAUCCAUGCGAAUUUCCAAAGUUUCGUAAAUCACAUUUCAAUUAUUUCAUGAGCUUAUUCUUUGCUCUUUGCAUAAAAGUAUCUACGUAAAACAGUGCUUGCAAUAUAAAACAUCUGCAAUAUUGUUAGCGUUACUUGAUAUAAGCUAGUGUGAGGUCCGUUUGUUUAUGAAAUUGUUACACUUAUAUUCCUUUUAUAAGACUGUCAACACCUACUUUUUAUAAUAUUAUUUUACACUUUCAAGCAUUAUCUCUUCAAAUUACUCUUUCAUAAUAUGAUGGACUUCAACCUUAGUUGAAAUUUGAGAAAUUUCCUCAACGGAUUUUUUUGCAUCAAACGAUGAAAAUUUAGAGUCCAACACCUUGAAAACAAAACUCUAAGCUAAGUUUAGGAGCUCCAACUCCUAUUGCUUAUUCACUGCCAAUUCGGAAAUUCACUAAUUGAUUGUCAAUUUUUGCAGUUAUUAAUAAACAUAAUCAUCUCACCAAGAAGUCAUCAUCAUUCAUGUCAUCAACAAACGUGAAGAUAUAUAUUUUUGUAGAAGAUCAUUGUAUAUUUUUCACACUACAAAACCUUUCGAUCAUGUUUAAAUUGGCAUUACAACCACAAUAUUUCAAAACUAAUUUAUUACAUUUAUGUCCUUAUAUGGGCAUAAUAUUAAGCUUGUAUUAUGAUGUAAAUAGUAUUAAACAUAUUUACUUCAUAAUUUACAGUAAGUUGAAUACCUAAUUCAGAUAUUCUGUUCACCCAUACCUAUCCAUAUAAAAGUAUAAUUCACAUUUUUUUCUUCUAGUAAUAUCUUAGCUUUAGCAAUCAUAAUAAUAUUAUAUAAUAGAUAUAAUUAGUCAUAUUAGUACUAUUAUUGCUAAACUGGUCUUGAUUUGAUCUUAGUGAUUAUCAAUUUUCUAACAUAUAACUAGAUUCAUAGUAGAAAAAUAACUAAUUCUUUAGCUAAAAGCUAUGCAUCUUAAUUUCGGCAAUAACGUCAAGAAAGUUUUUUGUGAUAGAUCUUUAUUAUUGAGUUGUGAUUUCUUUUUAUAUUUUUGUUGGAAAAUAAUAAGUUGUUGUGCAAUCAAA